AGAAGAAGUACUUUCCUCAGCAUUUUCCGGUUGCUAGCACGAAAGAGUAGCUAACAGAUUUCAUAAUCUUGUUUUUUUUUUUUUUUUUGAUAGUACAAAUUGACCCAGAACGUAUUAAGACCUUGCUAUAUUAUAUUUUAGCAAGUUAUUGACAAAGGCUUACAGCUAAAUCUGGGAGGGUAUAAAACGAACGGUGCUAAAAUAGGUUGUCUACUAACGUUAGUUGAGUUAGUCACGGCUAGCGUAAAUGGCUGCGGCCAUUAUUCCUCUUGUCUCUACUCCUGCAUUAAGUCAGAAACAGCGUAGAGCCGCACAGAGAAAGGAGAGAAGAAGACGGAAACGACAAGCUCUCGCUCAGACCAGAGAAUGUGAAUUGACAAAUGAGGCUGAAGAAGAGGAGGAAUUGAAUGAAGGAGAUGGUGAAGAGGACAAUCCUGCUGAGGAUGAAAGGCAGCGGCAACAUGAAGAGUGGCUGGAAAAAGAGAGGCUGGCUCAGGAAGAGUUCAGACAGAGGACCGAGAGGGAGGAAGUUGCAAGGAAAAAAAAAGAGGAGGAGGAGCACAUGAUAAAGGAGGAAUGGGAGGCCCAGCAGAGGAGAGAACAAGAGGAAAAGGAGCAGAGGCAGCAGGAAAAACGAAACAGAGAGGAGGCUGUUCAGAAAAGGUUGGAUGAAGCUGAGAAUCAGCUGGAUAAUGGAGGACCGUGGAUGAAUCCCGAGGCUCCUGUGACGGUGAACUUGGAGAAUUUCGGAACAGAGCGCGAUGUAGCCAACUGUCCUUUCUUCCUGAAGACCGGAGCAUGCCGAUUUGGAGACAGGUGUUCUCGGAAGCACAUGUAUCCGACUUCCAGCCCAACUCUGUUGGUCCGUGGCAUGUUUAAGACGUUUGGGAUGGAGGAGUGGCGGCGGGACGAUUACGAUAUGGAUGCUUGUUUGGAGCACAGCGAGGAGGAGCUGCUGGAGUCUUUCCUCGAAUUUUAUCAUGACGUUCUACCGGAGUUCAAGGGCAUCGGCAAAGUGGUGCAGUUCAAGGUCUGCUGCAAUCAUGAACCACAUCUGAGAGGGAAUGUUUACGUUCAGUUUGAAACAGAGGAGCUGUGCAAAGAGGCCUUCAUGAAGUUCAAUGGGAGAUGGUAUGCUGGCCGGCAGCUUCAGUGUGAGACAUGUCCUGUUACACGCUGGAAGAAUGCCAUAUGUGGACUGUUUGACAGACAGAAGUGCCCUAAAGGCAAACACUGUAACUUUCUGCAUGUAUUUCGAAACCCGGGCAAUGAAUUCUGGGAGGCUGACAGGGACCUCCAGAUCUCCCCGGAUCGCAGCGUCAGGGGUAGUCGCAGAGAGGAGUGGCAUUCAGAGCGCUACAGAGAGCGAUCGUGGAGGCAGCGUCGCAGCAGCCGAAGCCCAGCAAGAUCAGAGAGAUCUCACAGAAGGUGGGAAGACGACAUGGAGAGGAGCAGGAGCAGAGAAAGGAGGACCUCUCACCAGCGCAGAGACGACCAAUGGUCAUCUAGAUCCAGACACAGCGACAGGAGGACAGACAGGCACCGGAGCAGGAGUCGGGACAGAUCAAGGAGCAGAAGCAGAGAUAGAGAGCAGCGUAGAGAUAAAGAAAUGGAGAAGAAAUACAGAGACAGAAAUGAAGAUGAGGGUCCUAGACGAGAAACAAGAGAGAAAUCGAGAAGCACAAGUAGAGAAAAGAAAAGACACAAACAAAGCAGAGAAAGAAGCCCAAAGAUAUCAGACAAAAGUCUUUCCGAUGGUACAAAAACCCACCGCCAUCACAGACGCUCCAAAAAAAGCAAGAAGAGCAAAAAGAAACACAAAAAGAAAAGGCUCUUGUCUGAAAAGACAUGUUCCUCCACACAGUCAGAAACUGAGUCAGAGGAAGAGACUUGGGAUAAUCCUUCAAUACUGAGUCCCAGUGGAGACCUUAAAGAAGAGGAGAAAACUCGGGAAAAAUGUGCUGAUGAGAAUAAUUUAGAUUCAGAAGUGAAAACUGAGGCCACUCCUGAAAUCAAGAGCGAUCUGACAUCCAAUGGGGACAUUCGUUCUUAAUUGCUUUGUAUUUAAAACCAGUCAUUCGCUGCUACGCUACUUUUAUUCAUUUUACAUCAUCAGAAUAUGUAGUAUUAACAUCUAGAGGUCGAUGUGGGAUCAUUAACACCAUAAACAUGUCAUGGAUGCUUGGUGGAUCUUUCUUGUCAAGGCUUUUUACACUGAAUAUUCACAUUAAAUACAAACAGUCAACACUUUUUAGCCUUUCUCAGCACACAUGUAAAUAACUUGUAUAUGUUUUAAAAUAAAUGCUCAGUAUUGGGA